AUGGGUGAAGCCGACAGCUACUUCAACCCCAGCGCUGGGAAUGGCCAGCCGCCAGGGGACCAGCAGCACCAGCCCCCCCAGUACCAGCCCCAGUACCAGCACCAGCCGCAGGGCCAGCCCCAGGGUCAGCAGCAGUACACGCCUCAGCAGGCUGCAUACGGCGAGCUUAGCGAGAAGCCGACGUUCGAGCAGGCCUUCAAGGUCGAGAAGCCCAAGUGGAACGAUGUCUGGGCUGGCAUUCUGUUCCUCCUCUUCUGCGGCGGAUUCGUAGCAGUGUCGGGCAUCGCUCUUCGGGGUUAUGCAACGACGAGGGACAUCCAAGGCAGCGGCAUCUACAGCGGGACAAACAACUUCACGCUCAAUACGAGCACUCUCAUUCUCUUCCUCUUUGUCCUUGUCGUUGCGGUUGUGCUUGGAUACAGCUAUGUCUGGCUCGCGCGCCUCUUCCCAAAACAGUUUAUCUGGGUGACGGGCAUCCUCAACAUCUGUUGGGCCAUCGGCACCGCCAUCUUCUACCUAUACCGCCACUACUGGACUGCCGGCAUUGUUUUCCUCAUCUUUGGCAUCUUCCUUGCCUUUUGCUUCUGGACCUGGAUCAGUCGUAUCCCUUUCUCGGCUUUGAUGCUCAAGACCGCCGUCGAUGUGAGCAAAUCGUAUGGCCAUGUCUACCUCGUCAGUCUGCUGGGAGGGCUGACGGCCACUGCGUUCGGAGCCUACUACUCCAUUACCUUGGUCGCCAUCCAUGACAAGUUCCAGCCGUCCAGAAACAACCCGUCCUGUAACAGCAGCCAGGGCUGUAGCAGUGCCAAGGUCAUCGGUCUGAUCGCCUUCGUCACCUUUGCCAUGUAUUGGAUCUCCGAGUGGCUCAAAAACACCAUCCACACCACCAUUGCCGGCGUCUAUGGCUCCUGGUACUUCUUCCCGCAUCAUCUUCCCAGGGGUGCUACUCGCGGGGCAGGCAAGAGAGCUUUGACUACCAGCUUCGGCUCCAUCUGCUUCGGCAGCUUGAUUCUUGCUAUCAUCCAGUUCCUAAGGCAUCUCUGCUCUAUCGCCAGGAACCAGUCAAUGCAGGAAGGAGGCAUCGGAGGGGCUAUUGGUUACGCAAUCUUUUGUAUCCUUGGAUGUCUCAUCGGCCUCCUUGAGUGGCUCGCCCAGUUCUUCAACCGUUAUGCCUUCUGUCAUAUCGCCCUCUAUGGCAAGGCGUAUAUUCCCGCGGCCAAAGAUACCUGGAAGAUGAUAAAGGACCGUGGCUUCGACGCCCUGAUUAAUGACUGCUUGAUCGGGCCGGUCCUCUCCUUUGGUGCACUCUUCAUUGCAUAUGCAUGCGCCCUCCUUGCAUACCUAUAUCUGCUCUUCACUGACCCGGCUUAUAACACUGACGGGAAAUACACGCCCUUCGUUGUCGCAUUCUCUUUCCUCAUCGGGUUUCAGAUUGCAAAUGUCUUCACGACCCCAUUGUCUAGUGGGAUUGACACCAUCUUUGUGGCUGCUGGCUGGAACCCGCAGGUGCUGUACCAUGAGCACCCAGAGCUGUAUAACGAGAUGGUCCAGGUCUAUCCCAGGGUGCAGCAGAUGAUCAGGCCCUGA